AUGAGUAACAAUAAAAAGAGAAGUGGUCAAAAGAUGUGUUGUGUUGUCAAUUGUAGCAAUACUAAUAGAACAGGUCAUAAAAUGUUUAACUUCCCUAAUAGACAACAUGAGAAGGAGCUUAAGGAGAAGUGGAUCAAAAGUAUUAAAAAAAUUAAUGAUGAUGGAACACCGUGGGUACCGACUGCCCUUACAGUUAUAUGUGGUGAUCAUUUUGUUGGAAAUAAACCAUUAAGGCAUCUCAAUAGUCCAGCAUAUGUUCCUACUAUAUUUCCAAAAACAUAAAAAAAAAAAAAUAAUGAACUUCAACAAUCCUCAAGAUACAAGCGUUUUUUCCACCGAAGUAGUAACGUGGGGCAAUCUACUGUUCCUGUUAUUGAAGCUAAUUCAAAUCACAUUGAUAGUGGAUUUAAAUCAUUCAAUAUUAACAAGUCAUUAACUAAUUGUGAUGUAGGAACACAAGUCUCUUUCGAUGUUACAGACAUAAAACAUUUUUCAUUUGAAUGUUGCUUUUUGAAUAACAACUGCAUUAGUACUUCUAUAACAACCCCAACCAAUUUUAUAAUUAAACAACAACAAAAUGUUAAAGAUAAAUUUUGUGGUCCCAGCUCUGAAUCUUAUAAUUCUUGUUUAUCCUGUGAUAAAUUUCAUAGUUAUGAAUCUAUUAACAGUGAACUUUCUUUGAAAGAUUUGACAGGCACUACUUAUGCUGUAUUUAAUAUGUUGGUUAAUAUGUUACCAGACACAGGUGUUAAUAGCACUUUAAACAACUACAAUAAACUUCUUCUUUUUUUAAUGAAAAUAAAACUUGGUGUUAGUUUUUCAGCUAUUGGGGUAUGUUUAAGAUUCAUCACUCUCAGCAGGAUCUUUUUUAAUAUACUUUCUAUUUUAUCCAAAAAAACUAAACAGUUUAUUUUUUGGCCUAGUAAAGAUACUAUUUCAGCAACUCUUCCUUAUGCUUUUAAAAAAAAUUAUCCCAACUGUCGUUGUAUUAUAGACUGUACGGAAAUUAAAGUUGAGCAGCCGCCUACUGUAGAGCAAAGAGUAUGUAUGUACUCAAGAUAUAAGAGUUCAUAUACCAUUAAAUGUCUUGUUGCUAUAACACCUAAUGGUGCCAUAAGUUUCCUUUCAAAAUGCUAUGGAGGCCGGUCAAGUGAUACAUUUAUUACUAACGAUAGUGGAUUCCUUUCUAAGCUAGAGGUUGGUGAUCAGGUUUUAGCUGACAAAGGCUUCCCUGGUAUUAAAACAAAUUGUGAAGAAGGCAAUUCUAUAUUAAUUAUGCCCCCAAUCUUACACAAUGGUCGAUUCAGCGAAGAAGAAGUUAUUGAAACUUAUUCUGUAGCAAGUGUAAGAAUACACAUUGAAAGGUUUUUUGCUAGAUUAAAAACUUAUCACAUCUUAAAUAAAAUUCAAAUAGAGUUACUUCCUCACAUAGAUGACAUAAUAUAUAUAUGUUGUACUUUAACUAAUUUACAAUUACCAAUAAUUAAACAAUAA